GGCGGUUCCCGGUGUGAGCGCAGAGAGGGGCCUGGGCGCGGGCGGGGCCGUAGGACCUCGCGCUGCGUUCGCGGGCUCCGGGGCGGGGGCGGCGGCGGCAAAGCCCCCUCCCCGGGGAGGCGGGGCCCGGGCGAGCUCCCCUGCCAGGGAGCGGCGGCGGCUGGGCAGGAUGCAUCAGAAGCUGCUGAAGAGCGCGCACUACAUCGAGCUGGGCAGCUACCAGUACUGGCCAGUCCUGGUGCCCCGCGGCAUCCGCCUCUACACCUACGAACAGAUCCCCGUGUCCCUCAAGGACAACCCGUACAUCACCGACGGCUACCGGGCCUACCUGCCCUCCAGGCUGUGUAUCAAAAGUUUGUUUAUUUUAUCUAAUGAGACAGUAAACAUCUGGAGUCAUUUGCUGGGUUUCUUUCUCUUCUUCACACUGGGAAUAUAUGACAUGACAUCAGUGUUACCUUCGGCAAGUGCGUCCAGAGAAGAUUUUGUAAUUUGUUCUAUUUGUCUUUUCUGCUUCCAGGUCUGUAUGCUUUGCUCUGUGGGCUAUCAUCUUUUUUCCUGCCAUCGAUCAGAAAAAACCUGUCGAAGAUGGAUGGCAUUAGAUUAUGCAGGAAUUUCUAUUGGAAUACUGGGCUGCUAUGUCUCCGGUGUAUUUUAUGCUUUUUAUUGUAAUAAUUACUGGCGUCAAGUGUACUUGAUCACAGUGCUUGCCAUGAUCCUGGCCGUGUUCUUUGCACAGAUCCAUCCCAAUUACCUCACACAACAGUGGCAGAGGCUCCGUUCUAUCAUCUUCUGUUCUGUUUCGGGAUACGGAGUGAUCCCAACUCUUCACUGGGUUUGGCUCAAUGGAGGAAUCGGUGCUCCUAUUGUACAGGACUUUGCACCCCGUGUAAUUGUGAUGUAUGUGAUUGCUUUUCUUGCUUUCCUGUUCUACAUUUCCAAAGUUCCCGAACGGUACUUUCCAGGACAACUAAACUACCUCGGAUCAAGCCACCAAAUAUGGCAUAUCCUUGCAGUAGUGAUGUUAUAUUGGUGGCAUCAGUCAACAGUGUAUGUCAUGCAGUACAGACAUAGCAAGCCUUGCCCUGACUAUGUUUCACAUUUGUGAAUUCAGGUAUGGCCACCUGCUGUAUUCAGUUAUUAAGCAAUAUGUAAUGGGGAGUUGUAUACCCCACUGUUUCUAAGAUUCACAUUAGUUUUUCCUUUUUCUUCCUGUUUAAUAUACCAUGAGUAAUACUUUAUAAAAAUGGAAAAAUAUACUUGGGGAUCUGUAAUAAUAACUGCUUUAUGUCCCUUAAGACUACUAACUUGCUGCUUGUACAGAAAGUGAAUAUUAGUUGGCAUUUGUAAGAAACAUCUGAAUAACCAUGAAUGUGAAACCAGUAUAGAAAUAGUGUUUGUUUUACUUAACACCAGCUUAAUUUGCUUAGGAAGGGCUCACCUCCAUUAUAAAAUGGAGUCAUCCUGUGUGAUUACUUUAAUAGAAGAUAUUUACAGUAGUUGAUCAAGUUUUAAGUGCCUAAUCAAGGCGAAGGUUGCAAUAGCUUAUGCUUAAAGCUAGGAGAGUGGUUUUGAAUAUUCACUAGCCUUUAAAUAUAUGGUUUGUGAGAAACUGGCCCUUAAGAUAUGAUUUCCUUUAGCUAUAGUCUCUCUUCUUAGGAACACUGUAUUUUUUGGUUUGCUAGAAUAAAAACUUUAAUCCUUUCCUUCUUUGAGAGAGGCUUUGAGAAGAAGAAAACUUGCAUAAGAAUCACAUUAAGAACUGAUUAUAUGAUCAGGCAACAAAGUCUGUGGUCUAAUAACCAAGACAGUAGCAUAUAAGUUUUUAAUUUCAAAGAAUAUUAUUUAGGUACAUAUAAUAAUUGCACUCUUGCCAAUGGAUUACAGGUUUUUGGCUCCAAAAUUCCUAUAGCAGAAUUUCACCUCUCUGAAUUUGUAGUCCUAAAUUCUGUGAUGGAUGGGGGUUCCCAAUUAUAUGGGUGCUACUUUCAAGGCCACAGAAUCCAGAUGGCCCAGUCUUGACCCUGAAAUGAACCUUAAGCCUUAGAACAAAGUCAUGCUGAUGCCCCAUUUGAUGACAAGAUUGUUCACCUGUGUUCUAGUCUUUCCCUGUUUAUGCACUUGUUGGCAUUUUAUUGACAACUCACAGUACUGAUAAGACUAUCUAAUAUUUGAGCCUGAAACAUCAAGUUUAUUUAUUAUUAUAUAUACCUAAAAAAUAGAUCUCAUUGCUCUAGCAUACACCACUUUUCUUGUCCUUUGGUCUGUCCCUUAAAGCAGUCACACACAAAAAUAUGUUGUUCACUGGAACAUAAAUUAUUAUUCAAGCUUCUUAAUGGGUUGACAGGCGUUGCUUUGAAUACUGGUGUAUCUUCAGAACAUUGGAAUUACCAAAUAUCAGGAGAAGUGCUGAUUGAUGGUCAUGCUUAUUUCCACAUUGACAUUUCUACAUCUGGUAUUAGGAAUGUUACUUUAACGUGCCUCAGUUUAUGCCUCUGUAACAUUUUGUAUUUAUUUUCAGUGUAGUGUUAUUGCAAUAUAAAUUCCCCAUGCUAGUAUCUCAGCAAGGAGAAUCUCCCCAGUAGACUAAGGGCGUGCUGUUGUACCAUGAUAAUGAUGGGACACACUGCUUUGAAACUGGCUGCUUUCUCGCCACAGAUUUAGUCUCUGUCCGAAGUGAAAGAGGACUUUGGUGUAAUGAGAAUGGGGUGUAUUUUCCCUAAAACAUCUCUUACGGGUUUACAUGAUACUGGUUUUAAAUAGAUAUUUUAGCCAAACAAAAUACACGGAAUAGUUAUACUUAAAGAGUCUAGUUAUUUUAGGCCUAAUACCACUUUUCCUAUAAAGUCUUCUCAAAAUAUUUCUGGUUUUUUGUUACAGUGUAUGAAUUUAAUCCUUGCCAUCUGAAUUCAUGGGUAAAAAGAUACUUGUUUUUUUUGUUCUUGUUUUUGGGUUUUUGUUUUUUCAUUUAAAAGGCAUACAGGUCUGACUGUAGGGAGAAGUAUACCAUGUAAACCUUUCAUCUUUUUAUGAAAAUGUUAAAUACUGUAAGAAAGCUAUCCUCUUUUUCAUCUUUUCUAUGAUAGAUUUAUUAUAAAGUAGGGAAUGAAUGAAUGUGGAUUGCUGUCAACUAUAAAAACUUCUGUAUGUCAGCAUUUAUUGACCACCUACUGUGUGCAUAUCACUACUGGCAAAAUUUUUAAGACAUUGUCAACAUUAAAGAAUAACUAUUUAAAAAUUGCCUCCAAAUCUGAGCCUUGUAAUAAUGUAGAUUUAUUUUUGUUUUUAUAGAUUAAAGUAAGAUUAAAAGUACGCGAUUCAGCUACCGUACUAAAAGGCUGGUUUUAAUUUUACAAUGUGUGAGCUAUAAAAGCUCUUUAUCUACAGACUUUACAUUUUAAAAUUGUCCAUGGCUGUUUUAAACUGUCCAUAGUGAUUUAUAAGGUUGUAGUUAACUAAUUUGAGGCAAUUAUCUUUCGAUAUAAAGCCAUUUUCAAAAGAUAGUGCUUGUCUUUUUGGUUAUGACACUGAGUGCAAUUCGAUAAGCUGCAUGGCAAAAUAUGUAUUAUGUAAAUAAACUGGGUUUACUAAAUAUA